GACAGAUGUUAGCACGUUGUACCACAGACUCCUGAAUCAGGAUUCUUGAAAUUUGCUGUCCCGAAUUGCGAAUAAUUCGGGCGGUCUUAUGGCAGAUAUAGAGCCUACGUGUGCUUAUCCAUCUUAGAGCUAUGAAACUAGUCUCAGCCUCCUAGGGAGUGGUUACGAGGAACAGGAAAGACGAAAGAGAGAAGAUGAGGCAAGCUGAACUCGUCUUCAUCCCAACGCCAGGAAUGGGCCACCUGGUGUCGACCCUCGAAUUCGCAAAGCGCCUACUUGAUCGCGAUGAUCGGCUUUUGAUCACAGUCCUUUCCAUGAAGUUCCCCUCUUCUCCCGUUGCAGAUGCAUACACCAGAUCGCUCACCGCCUCACAAGCUCGAAUCCAGGUCGUAGAUCUCCCCCAAGUAGACCCACCUCCAUCGGAGCUAUUGAAAUCGCCCCAAGCCUACAGAUGUGCUUUCAUAGAAAGCAACAUGCCCAAUGUCAAACAUGCUGUCACAAAGAUUGUGUCAGGAGUUGCCGCCUUGGUUCUUGAUUUUUUCUGCAUGUCAAUGAUUGAUGUGGGCAGGGAACUGGGUCUUCCUUCUUAUUUAUUCUUCACCUCUAAUGCAGGAUUUCUUGGUCUCAUGCUUUACCUUCCAACUCGCCAUAACCAAGCGAACGGCGCCGAAUUCAGUGACGCAGAUCCUGAAUUGUUAAUCCCCGGCUUUGUCAAUGCAGUUCCGGCAGCUGUUAUGCCUUCAGCUGUGUUUAACAAGGAUGGUGGCUACGCUGCUUAUAUUAAGCUCGCUCAAAGAUUCAGAGAUACCAAAGGGAUUAUAGUAAAUACGUUCAGAGAGUUGGAGCAACAUGGUCUCGGUUCGUUUUCCGAUGGACAAACACCUCCGGUGUACCCAGUUGGUCCGGUGCUUGACCUGAAGGGGCAACCUCACCCUGGUUUGGAUCGGGCUGAGCAUGAAAACAUCAUGAGAUGGCUUGAUUUUCAGUCUCCAUCGUCCGUGGUGUUUCUAUGCUUCGGGAGCAUGGGGAGCUUCAGUGCAACCCAAGUGAAAGAGAUAGCUAUUGGGCUGGAGCGUAGUGGGCAGAGGUUCUUGUGGUCCUUGCGGCCACCUGGCCUGCCCCCCUCCUUGCCGUCCCCCGAUGACAUCCUGCCAGAAGGUUUCUUGGAACGGAUCGAAGGGAGGGGGAUGAUAUGCCGUGGGUGGGCGCCGCAGGUGGAGGUCCUGGCCCACAAAGCGGUAGGAGGGUUCGUAUCUCACUGCGGAUGGAACUCAAUUUUGGAGAGCUUGUGGCAUGGCGUACCUAUUGUGACAUGGCCUAUAUAUGCUGAGCAGCAGCUCAAUGCAUUUGAGAUGGUGAGGGAGUUGGGAUUGGCAAUGGAGAUGAGGUUGGACUAUAGGAGUGGUGGUGAUCUGGUGAUGGCUGAAGAGAUAGAGAGAGCUGUAAGCCGACUGAUGGAUGGUGGUAAUGAGGUUAGGAAGAAGGUGAAGGAGAUGGGAGAGAUGGCCAGAAAAGCUGUGAUGGAUGGUGGAUCUUCGUUCACUUCUAUUGGACAACUUAUUGAGGAUAUGAUAGGCAGCAGUUGAUAUAGUGAAUGUAUGACUGCAUAUUGGGGUGAUUUCUCAUUAUUGUUGAAAAAAUAGACCCAAAAAGCAAAAGGGUCUUGUAGUCUUACAAGCUUCUCCACACCCAUUUACCAUUUAGCUAGGAUCAUCUCGAUUAUGGAAUUUAUAUCCCUAAACUUGUUGAAUUGUGCUUGUUUUUAUUGCAAUUUUGUGGCUGAAA